UUGACAAGGAAAACUCUGAAUUCAAACCUCUGCUGCCUUGCAGCUUUACCCAAACAUGGCAAAGGCUUAUGGAGUCAACACUGAAGAAAAAUAAGGAGCUGGUGACCCUUAGGCAGUUUGUAACACAAUGUUAUAACCUGGCAGAAACUGAGGGGUCGGUGAAGAGCUAUCUCUCAUUCAUGGCCUCUAUGUAAAAUCUUUCACAUUGGCGUAAACUCAACCCUUAAUGGACACUCACAGAGAUUCAUAAAAGCAUUUUCCAGUGCAGUAUGCUACUAUUCUUCCAAUUAAAAAAAGUGCAAAUCAAAUAUUGAAUUUGCUCUUCACUGCACAUAAAGGAAAUAAACAAGAGAAGGUGGCAUUGAUCAACUGACCAACAAUUAUUACUUGCUAGAAGAUGCACUAUUUCUCUGGUCUUUAAAGAGUUAGUAGCACAAUUGAGUUUUAAUCUGUGACCUCAUAGUGAGAAAAAGCAAUUAAAAGCAAUAAAAAACAAAGACUAUUAAAGUGCAAGAGGUAAUACAUUUAAUGUAGAUGUGUUAUAAUUUUUGAGGUCAUGAGAUUAUAAGGCCUCCCAUCUAGCAACAGUCUGCAGAACCUCCUAGAUAGAUGGGAAAGGAUGCAUUAAUUAACGAAGAAAAGUUGUUUACCUGGCAUGAAAAGUGGCUGAGUGACUUGGAUCCUUACUACUGACUGAUUUUGGAAAUAUGAAUCAGCUGCGUUCAUGGCUCUAUAAUUAUGAUUCAAAUCAAGCUCAAAAUAAUGCUACACUUAACAAACUUGCAAAUGACAAAACUAAAGACAAUAACACAAAUGAGAUGCCAACAGAUUCUCCUUUAAGGAGAGCUCUAUUGAAUUAUAUACCUUUGGCUCCAGGAGACUGCUUGGAAUGUAAACUUGUUGGUACUGGUGUCAUGAUGUUGAGUGGAGUGAUAGUUGCUGCUUCAGCUAUAAAAGCACGACAAAGUAAUCCUAAAAUGAAAGGAAUGAAUGGUCUAGUUUACACAAUGUUGUGCUGCAGUUUAUUCUUAGGUUUUGAAACUGCAGCUUAUUUGAGAUUGUUUGAUAAGGGAAUAUUUGACAAGAAAACAAACAGUAAUAAAUGAAUGGAUUGAAAAGUUAUUCUGUGAUUCAUAUUUUUUCAGAUAUUUUAUAAAAGAUUUAUUUUUCAAAUAAAUGUAUUAUGAAUGAUCUCUAUUUCACCAUGUUGAUUAAAGGAAUGACAAACUCA